GCGGGGGCGGGGCUGCACUGAGGCGCUGAGACGGCCGCGGCUGCUCGUCCUGGCUGGCGGGGCGGGGGUCUGGCGAUGGGGGCGGGAGGAACAACGGGCCGGUGAGCGCCACGGCCGCCGUCCCCGCCGAGCUCGCGCGGGCAGCCGCUGCGCUGUAGUUGCCGCCCGACCCCCUGAGAAGAGGACGUUGGAGAGGCCCUCCGCUAGCAGCCGCGGUGACAACCCGGCGUCGGCGCGAUGAACCGCGGUGGCAGCAGCGCGUCGGCCUCGGCCAACUACCUGCUCUGCACCAACUGCCGGAAAGUGCUGCGGAAGGAUAAAAGAAUCAGAAUGUCUCAACCCCUAACAAGAGGACCAAGUGCCUUUAUUCCAGAGAAGGAAGUUGUCCAAGCAAACACAGUGGAUGAACGAACAAACUUCCUUGUGGAAGAGUACUCUACAUCCGGUCGCCUGGACAACAUCACUCAGGUGAUGAGCUUGCACACUCAGUACCUGGAGUCUUUCUUGCGGAGCCAGUUCUACAUGCUGCGCAUGGAUGGCCCCCUCCCCCUCCCAGACAGGCACUACAUUGCCAUCAUGGCUGCAGCCAGACACCAGUGUUCCUACCUAAUAAACAUGCAUGUGGAUGAAUUUUUAAAGACUGGGGGGAUUGCUGAGUGGCUGAACGGCUUGGAAUAUGUACCACAACGACUGAGAAAUCUUAAUGAAAUUAACAAGCUGCUGGCACACCGGCCCUGGCUGAUCACGAAAGAGCACAUUCAGAAACUUGUCAAAACUGGAGAAAAUAAUUGGUCCCUGCCUGAGCUAGUGCACGCCGUGGUCCUCCUGGCUCACUAUCACGCUUUGGCUAGCUUUGUUUUUGGUAGUGGCAUCAACCCAGAGAGAGAGCCGGGAAUCUCCAAUGGAUUCAGACUAAUCUCGGUGAACAGCUUCUGCGUCUGUGACCUGGCUAAUGACAACAACAUCGACAACGCAUCCCUGGCGGGCAACAACUUCGGGAUUGUGGAUUCACUGGGUGAGCUAGAAGCCUUAAUGGAAAGGAUGAAAAGGCUUCAGGAAGACAGGGAAGAUGGAGAGACGACUUGCGAAGAAAUGACCACGCGUUUUGAACAGGAAAAGAAAGAAAGUCUCUUUGUGGUCCCUGGAGAGACUUUCCAUCCGUUUCCUCACUCAGAUUUUGAAGAUGACAUGAUCCUAACAGCUGAUGUCUCUCGAUACAUCGAAGACCCAGGUUUUGGCUAUGAGGACUUUGCCAGGCGAGGAGAAGAGCAUCUGCCAACAUUCCGAGCCCAGGACUACACUUGGGAAAAUCACGGGUUUUCCCUGGUAAACAGGCUUUACUCUGACAUUGGACAUCUGCUGGAUGAGAAGUUUCGAAUGGUCUACAAUCUCACCUACAACACAAUGGCCACCCAUGAGGAUGUUGACACGACCACGCUACGCAGAGCUUUGUUCAACUAUGUUCACUGUAUGUUUGGAAUCAGGUAUGACGACUAUGAUUAUGGGGAAGUUAACCAGCUACUUGAACGGAGCCUGAAGGUUUAUAUCAAGACAGUGACCUGCUACCCUGAGAGAACCACAAAGCGCAUGUAUGACAGCUACUGGCGGCAGUUCACACACUCAGAGAAGGUGCACGUGAACCUGCUUCUGAUGGAGGCUCGGAUGCAGGCUGAGCUGCUUUACGCCCUGCGUGCGAUAACUCAGCACCUGACCUGAAGCACCACCAGGAAGCAGCAGCACAUGUCAGGGCCUCUCCCACAGGACUCCCAUCCGAACUUGUUUGUGAUGCAGCUCAGCGGUUGUUCAGUUCCCUAGUGUCAAAGUUGAGCUGUCGGGGUUUUGUUUUUGUUUUUGUUUUGUUGUUGUUAGGGUUUGAUUUGGAGGGGGGUUGUUUGUUUGUUUGGUUUUUUUUUUUUUCCUGGCUGUAAUGUGCAAUGGUGUGUUUUAUAUUUCUCAAUGCUUAACAUUGCUAACAAUUGCAAAAAGUAACCCUGACGAGCACUACUUUACAUUGCUUAGAGUUGGAUUUUUGGAUCUGACCAUAAAUCAUGAACUGGUUUGUUAAUGCUUCACUUCAGUACUUUGGAGUUCAUGUGUAUGUGUAUUAUUUUUCUUUACUUAAAAAAAAAAUAAGGAAAAGUGCUUACAAUCCGCUCAAGCAGUUGUUUUUCAGAUACCAACAUUCAGCAAAGAAUGGUGUCCUCUACCGCUCUAAUGCCCACGUGUGUCCCGAGUCUGGGAAAAGCAUGUGCUGUGGAACCAAGCUGCUCCCAGGACACAGCUUGCAUCCCCGGAGAUGAUCAGGCACUGUUCUGGUUUUGUUUAUCUGUUUGUUUUUUUUUUUUUUUUCUUACACUGCUAUUGGCAAUAACGUGAAAUGUGAUACAGACAUCGUCCAUAAUUUAAUGUGAAAUUAAUUAUGAUGAAUUCUAUAGCAUGCUACUGAAAUGCCAAAUUCAGCUACUUUGUCUUCUAAAACAGAGGCCUCAUUUUCCCACAAGGCUGUCUGUGUAGCAGUAGACUGAGGACAGUCCCCUGAGUCCUGCACCGUGGUCCUCCAUCACCUCUAGUAGCUGGUACCACAGUGCUGCUUACAGCUCACACUCUUGGCACACAUAAACCCACACCACACAACACUGACCAAAUGUUUCUUUGCACAUUCUCCUUUUCUGAGAGUUGAGGAAGGUUAGUUAAUACACCCUAUUUCCUGUUACACUUUUGGAAAUUAUUUUACAUGACUUUCUUCUUAUAACAGGUUAAAUAAUUUGUUAUUCAGAAGUAAAAAUUGUGUUUCUGUGCAUUAAUGUGAUUGAACAACAACAAAACAGUGCAAUGUUUUUAAAAUCAACUCAGCUUCCCCUAUCAUGUCACUGCAGAAGUGUCCUUUUAAACAGAGCCAUAAAGAAAUGAUCCUCAGAUUUCUUUAUUGUGCUAGGCGUUUUUCAGUUUUACCUUGUUGAGCUUGACCACGAUUUCACCAUGCCAAAGCAUUCAUUCCCCAGAAAAAUCUGUUUGGACAACUAGUUUAAAAAAAAAAAUGCAUUGUCAUAGGGGAGAAAAAAAGGCAGCCAAAAAGUCACAUUUUUGCAUCAAUUUGUGUUGUUCGAUUAGACUAUCUUCAGAGAGCACAACCUUAUGUGUUGAUAGCUUUAAUUUGUAUUAUGUUAAUGAACCAGUCAAGUGCCUAGAGAGCUGCGGUAGCACCCAGAGGACACAGCUGCACGGCUUAAGCACCUCAGCUUGAUGGAAGGUGACGUCAUCUUACACAUACAUACUAACCUAGAACAUACCCGUCUCUAGGAUGACAUCCAGGGAGCUCCCACAGAGCGCUCACUGAGGGUCUCCCUGGUGUGUGGGUGGACUUUUUCUCUUAGGAAAGAACUGUGGGCCAGUGUUCUGUCAGGCUGUCCUUCUGUCUGCCAUCCUUCUCUGGGAUGUUAGCUCCUUUCCCUUAGCAUUCUGUUCCAGAGAGAACAAUGAUGGCUGUAGACUUGUCAGCAUGGGUAGUUCUGUGUUUUUAGACUCCAGGAUCUUAUUUAAAAUCCUCUGUGUGAGGAACAAGUCACUAGGAUUUUUGAAGACAGGGUGGUUUCUCUAGAGAUUAUUCAGAGAGCUUGUGGCAGGGUUCUGUGUUCUAUCUGUUGUGUGGACUGCCUUCAUUUCAGCCUUAGCCAUGUGUGAACUACAAGGAAAGUAUUUGGAAGAACAGUAAAACACAGGAGGUGCCAGGAGUGGCCAUGUGCUUUCCCCAGUUCUAAGGCUUUCACAUUAGGAUCUAGUUUAUGAUUGCAUUUUGUAAGUGUUAGGAAACUUUGAUUUCAUAGUCCUGUAUUUCUGGUCAGGUGAACUGAACGACAGAAUGAAAAUAGUUUUUAUGUAUUGACUAAAAGGAGGAAUUCGCACAGAACCAUGAAUAAGCUUUAGACCAAAAGGGAAGAAAAGGGUUAAGUAAAGAGGCUACUUACUUUUUGCUUUUGGUUUUGUGUUGCCCCAGAAAUGUAAGUAGAGAUUGGACUGUGGAAAUAUUAGUGCCUUUAAUAGACUUCUCUCCUAGCAAAACUUCCUUUUAGUUCAACAGACCAAUCAAUAAUCAGGAAAAAAGGUUGACUUGGAACCGUGAAUAAAAACACAGCAGUGUAUUUGUGAACCUCAGUGAACCGGCCUCACAGAGUUGGUUUGUGACGGUGGCCCCACCUCCACACUACAGCACGCACCCAGUAUUCCUGGUGUGGACCCUGCUCGAAGAGUUGCCAGUCAACCCGCUUUAUCCAGUGCAAACUUGAAAUUCUGAUGCGGUUUUCCAGGGUGGCAUUUUUUUCAGAGUAUUGAAUUUACAAUGUAGUGAUUUAUAGUGUAGCUUUUUAUACUGAAAUGUGAUAUUUUUCAAAGGAGCUAUGUGACUCAAUCGGUGUAAUACCAGAGCCUAUGAUAAGCUGAGCUGCACCCAGGCCUCACCUUGUGCCAAACAUAAGCAUGCGAGUGUGUGUGAAGAGCACGUCUGAUCGGGAAGCCCUCAACUCCUUGCUCCUUGUGUUAAAAUCAGCCUGAUAACCCUGAUGGACAUGCUGGAACAAUGCUGUCCAAUCUGGAAUUUCACAUUUGCCUGCAUCUGUGCUAAUUCUUAAUUUCUCAGAUCACCCUCAGAAACACCAAGGAAAUCAGGCUUGGUAGUACAUACCUAUAAUCCCAAUGCAUGGAAGCCUAAGGCAAGAGGAUGGUGGUUUUGAGGCCAGCCUGGGCUACAUAGUGAGUUCAAGGCCAGCCUGAGCUACAUGGUGAUACCCUGUCUCAAAAAUUAAAAAAGAGAGAGAAAGAAAUAUGUAAGUCCCUUACCCAUGAAAGUGGGUCUGCUCUUUAACCCACUUGCUCUUUUUCUGUAGGUGUGGUCAGAGUGCCUGGGGCUGCCUCCCAAGUGGCUUCCUUGGGUAGACUCGGGCUACUCUGAUGGGAAAAGGCUUUUGAGAUGGACUACGUUUUAAAAGAAGUACCUUGUCUUGGUCCAAGGAAUAAUUUGUCCCCCACCCCUUAGGGUGCUCUGUAAAUCAGGGGUUGCUAACACAGAGUCCAGGAUGUAGCCUUCGCCUUUUAAACCAGUUUUAAACCCAAUAAUAGCACAGUUGUACAGGGCUAUUUUUAAAAGAGAAAACUUAAGUAAGAUUUAUAUAAAGGUCAUGUAAAAUUUGAACUAGAGCCCUAUUUUAUUUAUGUCUGUUAAAGAUUUUACAUAAGUCUAAGAUCUAAUGGAUAUCAUCCAGGGAAGUACUCCCUCCCCCACCUCAUAAAGUUUUGCUUAUCCAAAAUCGUAGAAUUUUAUGCCACACCAAAGUAAAUUUAUCAGCAAACAGUUAUAGAUUACUACUUAAAAUAGUCAUCACUUCCAGUGACAAGUGCAUGCCUGUAUGAUGGCAAGGCUCCUUUAAACUGUAAGAUAAGGACAGAGAACAAAUCCAGUGUACCAUAUAAAUGGUAUGUGCUGCGACGACCGCAAAUGAGGUUUUUACUUUGUUGUGUUUAAGGACAGUUCUAAAUCACCACUCUCAUUCUUUGCACAACGGACCAUUCUACAUGGAAUAAAAACAUGCAGGAUGAUCCACAUACACAGUGCAUGAGCAUUCUUAGUGGUACCUCACCAGCAAGCAGAAAGGCAGCCCCUCUGAAGAGGGUACUGUAUGCUGCGUGUCCAUGCAGCUGGAACCAAUUCUAGGUGGCCAUCACCCUGCACUGUUCCCUACUGUCCCUCUGUGGAGACUCAGAUGCAGACUCAGUCUUUCCUAAAGCAGGCCAUAGCAGGAGUGUAUCCUGUCAGUCUACAGAGUGUUUACCCUACACAUCUGUAGUUUCUUUUAUUGCUAAUUCGGACCCAUCAACAGCACCUGCUUAGGUAAGACCAAAAACAGAAAAGGCUGGUGUGAAGUGGGUCUGGAGUGAGGAUGUGCACCAAGGCUGAGCCCUGUGAGGAAGAAAACGUUUUCCAGGACCACUUGGAACACCAAGCUGAGAUUCUGGCUGUCCUUGGCGCAUGCACCUGCUCUUUAGGUGGAGGUUCCCACAGUCUUCGUCCACCCUUUCCUGCCUUUCUCUUCCUCCAAGUGCCUCAGCCACCACUCCUACUCCUCCCCUCCCCAAGCCUCUCUGGGUCUUAAUGCCUUUCACAAUCGAACAUCACCAGCCACCCGCUGAGCAUUACCAGGAUGUCUUUUUCUGAGUGUGUCUUCCCCCAUCAUUGAGAAUAUGGCUUUCCCCAAGCCCCUUCCGGUCUCUCCACCAUCCAUCUAUAUUUUUGCCUUGGACACCUUACCAGAUAUAUCACAGCAUCCGGUGUAUCCUGUUCACCCCCAGCUGUUCAUACCCUCUUCCCAGCUGCCAAAAUAUCUUGCUCUCCUCUACCUCAUCCCCAAAGAGCCUAUAAAUGCAGAGCACCCAGCCUUCUCAUGGGUUCAUUCUCUGUUGUUCAUUAAUACUACUCCAUAUUUUAAAUAAAUCAUAAAAUGUUUGCCUUCUAUCAAAGUAGGAACCUUUAUAUUUAUACAUGAUACAGAAAUUGAACUAUUUCUACCAUGCAGAAUUUAGCAUUUAGCAAGAAUUCAAAGUGAUUGAAUCGCUAGUCUAACUUGGUCUGUAUUAGAUGGUAAUACUGGUAAUAGUCCCAGUUGCUUGAAUGCAGAGUUAAAAUUCUCCCACAGUCCCGAUUAACCUAAGUCUUCAAUGGGACAGGAAAUCCCCAGCAGACAGGUGAGCAGUGUGCAGACAUCCAUUUUACUGGUGCUGUCUGGACCCUAAAACACAUUUCUCAUGGAAGGACAUUAUUAAAGGUGUUUGUUUAGAGGGUCAGAUUGGAUCACAUUGGCCUAUUUGCUGUGUAAUGUAGAUAAAAAUCCCACAAAACUGAGUACAGGAUCAUUUGACUCAAUUAACUAAGCUUCUAAUCGCAUCCCUCCCCUUCUCACUGGGAGAAAAACUUACCUUGGGAGAUAGGAAGGAAAUGUGCUGGCUUGAGUCUUGCUCCCCUAGCUGCCCGUUCUGUAAGUCCAGAUAGUUGUCAUGAAGAAGGAGGAUGUCGCACAGAGGCAGUAACGCUGCUCCUUCCCCACUACCAGGCUCCUAACAGGAUGAUAGAUGGCUGCCUAACCCAAAGGUAAACCCCCCUGUUUGGGAGUGUAGAUCUGAGAUGAUCUUCAGAUGUUUCCAUGCCAGUCAUGAGCACUGCACUUGCAAUGCCCAAUUAAUCCAUUUAAAGACUCAAAGUGAAGGAGGCACCUAGUUAGGCAAUGACCUGGUGACUUAACACACCAUGAAGUGUUCAUUUAGCUUUGACUAAAUUUGACUGCACUGCCGUGAAGUUCAGAAUCGAAGGGGUAAAGAAGUAUGUGCUUCUGAAAGCAUGUGGAAACCCUUGAGGUAACCAGCAUGUGCCACAAAGUACCCUGUAGAAUGAGCACCCCACUUCAUAGUUCAUAGGAGCCCAAACAGUAAAAAUUGAAAUAUCAUAAACAUAAUUUUGGUAUGCAAAAUUUUGCUAAAACUGUCUAUUUCUUACUCCAAGUAACCUUUUAAAAUGAAUGUAUCAUUUCUACAGAAAGAAUGUUAAAGAGAGAGAGUCUGUGGUCAUUAGUGUUAAAAUAUUAACAUUACUCAUGGGUACCACUGAGUUAAAUGUACACUUAUAUCCAGAAGAAACUUGAUUUCUUAAUUCAUCUAUACAAACUUUAACUGGCUCUCCUGAGUGUGAGAAAAGAACAAAAGGUAGGAUGAGGGAAGUGUAUCAGGUGAGUGACCAAGGUUUUCCUUUCUAAAGCAGAGACAUCUCUCCUAAAUCUCACUGGUUUCCCAAAAUAGAAGAUGAGUUAAAUGGUACCUUGUCCACCAAGGAAAGUGAUCCAGAUUUGCAUCUAGUGCAGACAUUUCCUUGGUAUUUGGAUGUCUCUGCAGAGAGAGAAAAUAGGAUUUUUUUUCCUUCCUCUUUCUUGUCACAUUUACUCUUUUAACCCAAAACAAGAUGGACGUGAAAGCAAGUGCCACUUGGCAUCUUCUCCUUACUAAUGGAAUAGGUACAGAGUCUGGACAAGGUCAACCAAAACCUGUCAGGCCACCCUGGAAGCAUGGCCUCGCCACUUGGCUUACCUCCUUCAAACCUGAAAGCAGCGUUCCUCUCAUGGAAGAACUGGAUGUAGCUUUUAACUAUGAACUAGGAGUUGAACUUGAAAAUCCUUCGGAAUCCUGGUUGUGCAGGGCAGCUGCAUAAUGAAUGUAUCCAUGAAGACUGUAGCUGAAUUGCACGAGUCAGAUGCCAACUUCAUGACUUUCCAUGUAGACAUCUUCUCCUUGAGUUGUGAGUGACGUAUGUAGCAUGCUGUGAAGCACCUGUCCUAGUUCUUAAUUCAUCAGUAUUAAUUCAGCGUUACCCUUGCGUUCCUUGGUACUUUAUAUUCAAUGUAAUCAAAAGCUGUGAUGUUUCGCCUUCGUAGUCCUGUGCUUUGUUGCUGUAAUUUUCCUUAUGAAGCACGUGACUUUGGACUCACGUAAGGUGGAUGACAUGAUCUUGAAGACUGCUACACACACACACACACACACACACACACACACACAUCAGUCUCUUACUAUACAGUUUAAGUUAGGAUAAGCUUUUCUCCAAUAGACUAUUGAUGCAGUUUAGGGUCCACAAGUUCACUGUCAAGUGGCAGCAUCCUCUUUGUAGUUUCAGCUCUGAAAAUAGCAGGCUUUAUCAACAGCCACUUCACCCUUGUUCUAGCAGAGCAGACCCUGCUGUAGAUGUAGACUAUGGUGGUUACUGAUAAUGCCCUCCACAUGCAUUGGCAGUUCUGGAGAUGGCAGAACCCAUGAGAGCUUCUUGUAUGUAUAGGUAGGCUUAGUUUUGUUCUUAUGUUGCUGACUUGACAGUUCUGACUAAAGCUGACCCAAACAGGCCAGCUUGUGUGUAAUAUCCUAGUGCUUUUACGCCUCUCUUCUUGUUCUGCUGUUGUUGUUUUUGUUUUGGAGGGAUGGGUAAUAUUAUUUGAACAGAUAAAGAAGGAACUGUUAGUGAAUCAAGACAAACACAUCUGAAAUAAAGGAACUGUGUAUUAACCUGUUAACAAUUCAUAACUGCACUUUUUAUGACAUUUUGAAAAUCUAUUUAUAGGUACAGAACAAUGGGUUUUGUUAAACUGUAUCACGUUUAUACCUGCAGAAUUUAUUUCAUUGUUAUUAGUAGGAAUUUUAUUGGUUCAAUAAAAUUGGCAAAACUGA